AUUAAAGUAUCGAUGCUAUAUAGCAUACUAGAAGUGCUCGUUUAGUACUAUCCUUACUUGUAUUAAAUUGAUUCUAGAUUCAAAUACCAAAAUGAACUUCCCCUCCGCGCAUAUCCUCUUAAUAGCACCUAAAAAGGAAAAUUGAAAUUGAAAAUCUCCAAAUUCAAUGUAUAGGAGUGGGAUGGUGCUUAGAGAGAUGAGGAAAAUUGUCACUAGAUAAAAAUAAAUAGUUACAAAUUUAUUAACUUUCCAUCAAAACCAAAUUUAUGUAUAUUGAAAAAAGAUUUAAAACACUUUCCAUAAUAAUAAAAAAAGACUUUCCAUCCUUUAUUUUUAUAAUCAAAGACUUUCCAUUAUUACAAUCCCACACAAGGAUAUAUUUUUUAAAGUGCAUUUUCUAUAAAUUUAUUUUCUUUUUUACUUAAUUUUCUCUUACAUGUUAAGAAAUCAAAAUUAUUUUUCCAAUUCAUAAAUUGUUUAGAUAUUUCUACCAUAUUUAGGAUUUGAGAAAAAUGAGUGCUUUCAAUGCACCCAACUCUAUAAUUAGUCUUAAGGUGUCGAAUUUUGAAUUUUAAUUGGUAGCAUUAGUGUAAUAUGAUGAUAUAACAUAUGACCCCAACUAAUUAAUAGAUUACCCUAAGCCUUAGACUUCCAAUUUUGAAUUAUAUCCUUUUUUUUUUUUUACUUCUAUCCUUAAACCCCAAAUUGUAAACCUUAAGCCUAACUCUAAAUCUUUCAAAUUAAAGUAAAUCUUGAAUAGUUUUUGUGCGAAUUCAUAUGCUUUAUUGUUCAUCACAUCAUAAGCGAUGAUUGACAUCAUUUUUACAUGAUUCGCCUGUUUAAAAUGACGGUUAUGAAACGAGUGCAUUGAAUUCACCCAAAAAAGUGAGUGCACCGAAUAUGUCACCAUAUAGUAAUACCAGUAAGUUAGCCGCAUCAUAUUUUGCUAAUUUUAUACCCUACUAUCGAUCUAAAACUGAUUUAUUUUUCGAGCAAUAUUAUCGAUUAGUAGUUAAUUACGUUGUAGAAUUUGCGUUUCUUUGGUCAAAUGGACUUCAAAGCCAACGAAAAGUAGCUAUAUCUUUUUCUAAAAUAGGAUCUAUCGAACUUUCACCGACUUUUUAAUGCUGCAUUUCUCCAUCCGACUAAUGUACAAUCAAUUAAAGUUGACAAUACACAAAUUUGUCUAAUAAUGAAGUCUUCCAUUAGUAAACGAUUAUUGUUGAGAUGAGUUUUUCUACGAGUCUUUCUAUUCUUUUCUUGCUCUCGACUUUCUUAGACCAUUGUUCUACCAUUCUUUUGGAUGGAUUACAAAUCACGAUUCAUCACGUGUUAAUUAUUAAUAUAAGCAAAUAUAUUAUUUAUGGCGAACAAAUUACUGAGUAUUGGCACAUCUAAAAAACAAAAGAGAAAUUACUAUAGUAGAAAGUUAUCGGAGCUCAAACACAACACCUUUGAAUCACAUGAGGAGAACCACGUUCUCGUUGGUCAUUCUGAUGGUUAUACCACAAACAUUAUUAUUCACAACUGUAACGGUAGAAAAGUAAAAAAGAAAAAUAAAUUAAUAAUUAUCUGUGAUUAAAAGGAAAUAGUUUAUCUUCCAUAUUUGCACGGAUAGCCUCCGCUAUUAAAAGCGGACAUUUCUUCUGGUUGGACUCGCCCACACAGUAGUAUCAUCAGACGUUCCUGCGCUUGCUAGACUAGUAAGACCGUCCCUCCCUCCCUCACUCAGUCAUCAACCUGUAAGUCUAUGCUAUUUUGUUCGUUUCAUCUUCAUCAUUUUCUGUUUGUUUUAGCGUUGAAUCUAAUUGUUCGUGAUGCAUCUUCUUUGUUCUUUAUUCUCAAUUUUCCUCGUAAAACUGGUUCUUUUCCUUUCUCACAAACACGAGUCAAUAUUGGUCAAUUAUAUUUGGUGGUAUUUACCAUAAAAGAGCAAAAUUUUGAUCUGAUAGCUAACUAGUCCGAGAUCUGAUUUCUCCUUUCGAACUGUCGACCUUAGAUCUGAUUUCUCCUUUGAGAAAAUCUAGAAUCUUUGGCAAUGGAGAACAUUUCAAGGAGAAGGCUACCAUAAUUUUAUCAAUUAUUAAGAGAAAAUUCAACUUGCUGCUUAGCGAAGAAAAGAUCGAUGUAUUGAUACACACUUUUUUCAGUUUAUAGCUGAAAUAUUUUUUAUCUGUCAAAACAUGAAUUAAAAAAAAAUUAUACAGGUUCUUUGUCGGAGGCAAAUCGCACCCUUUACGAAAUCUAUGCCAUCAGGAUUAAACUCGAAAUCUCCAAGCCAAAAUCCAACCAUUUUACCGUUUUAUCAAAGACAAUAAUUUAUUUUUUGGGUAUUUUUUUUAAUUCUUUUCAUAUUUGUUAUUUUAUAAAACCUAGCUUACAGGUGUCGUCGCAAGACGGAUUUCUGCUCAUAUAAAAAAAAACUUAGCUGAGUUUUCUUAGGAUCCCAUAUUUUUGCCUUUUCAGAUCUAGUAUACGUACUAAGUGUGGUUUGAGUGGGUUUGAUUUUGGCGCUUGGCUCCAUCAGGAGCGGUAAACGUUUUAUUUUUUCGUUUAUUUGAUGGUUCACGUACUAAAUGCGUAUAACACGUUUAAUAUACGUAUUUGAAGGAAACCAUUUAAUAAUUUUCUUAUAUUUAUAUCCACCUUUUUAAAAUAUAAAUUUAUAACUCUUUAUAAUUAAUGAUGAGAUUUUAAAAGUAUUAUUUAAUUAAUAUCCCAUAGAAAAUAAUAGCGUAACGUACUCAUAUCGUAUUUUUUUUUAAAUCAUAUCUUAGUAUUUGUAGUCAAUAUUGGAAUUUCUAACCAAAGACAAAUCGCUAAUUUUUUCUCGAAGGAAUUUUUACAAUAUCAAACCAACUUUUUUAUGUAAGGGGUGUACAACGGUUUGGUUCGUAUCAUAUAGUAUUGGAUCAAACUGGAUCGAAUACAAUGUGGUUGAUCCUUGGUCCUGUAAAUUUUAUAAAUAUUGAAGAAAAAUGGAUCGAAUUAACAUUUGUAUUGGAUCAAAUCAAACCAAAUCAAAAUUGAAUACGAUGACCGUCCGAUCCUUUGUUCUAAGAUGUCUUUCACUAUUGGAUCGCGGUUCUUGAUCCGAUCUUAACUGUAUCGUAUGUGAUAUUAAUCUCUCUGUUCGAUCUUGAAGGUGGCCGUGCAUAUAUAUAUAUUUGUGAUAAUUGGAUCGAUUUCUUCAUUCUGUUCAACAUUUGUGCUAUGUAAAACCAUCUAAUCUCUCUGUUCCUUGUUUGAGAACUGAUGAUCUGUAAAUACAAUCCCACAACGGUUAAAUUCUGCAGAAAUGAAUCAGUAUACAAAGAAGAAAAAACACUGAUUCACGUUCAAAAUGCAACCUUUUUUUCUCAUCAUUACAAUUCUUGGCAGCAUACAGUCAGUAAAUAAAACCAGUUGUGUGUCAGCAAUCCAGUUUUCAAGUUUUGUCCUUUUUCCCCUCUCUUUACUUGCCUCCAUGCAUGUCUCUGCCUGAAAACAUCUUCUUCUUCUUCUUCAGCUUUCGAAGUUUCCAAUGGAUUCCCAGCAGCGAAACAAUAAUGGAGGUCGUGACAAAGGUAAAGGAAAAGCAGUUGCAGCAGGAAACACAACAAUGAGGAACUUGGAUCUGAACCUGUCGCUGGGCUUCCUCGAGGAAGAUGAAGCUCCCAAGAGUUAUCAGGAGAUGCUUAAUGAAGCUAUUGGCUCUGACCCUGUCUCUCAUCAAGAACAAACUCAUCAUGGAAGCUGCUAUUCUGCUAAUAAUUACAAUCUGGGGCAGUUUAGCAACAGUGCUCCACAGGGCGGCAAUAUCAGUGGUCAGAUGAUGCCGACGAACAACAACUUGCCAACCAACAACAACAAUGUGAAUCAUGUUAUGAUGCUGAGCCAGCAACACAAUGGAGGCAGCGGCAGCCAUACCCUCCCUAAUCCAGCUCCAGCACCAGCACCUUUUCGUCUGAUCAACCAGCAACCAAACCACAACCUGCAGAACAACAACAACAACAACGCCGCCGGCUCUGCUUACAGUUACUACACCGGCGGCAGCAGCAUCUUUUCAGGGUACAGCAACCCCUCUGCCAACAACACCAACACCAACAACAACAAUGCAGGGAUUGCUUGGCUGAUGUCGAGGAUGGCUACUCUGACGCCAACGCCGAACCGCAACAACAACAACAACACCAUGAUGAAUUCCUUCCCUUCUCCUCCUGCGCCACCACAGAUGUACCAGUACCCUGGUUACAACACCGUGGUGGGAAUUCCGGUCUGCCGGCCCAAUGCUGCUGCACCUCCUCUGGCACCAACUCUGUUUGGAGCUGCAGCCAGAGGUGGCAGUAUUACUGCUGCUGCUGCUGCUGCUGUUGCUAGUAGUUCUCAGGCUGCAGGUUCUGCUGCUGCGGCGAUGGGGAAGGAGAAUUUCGUGAUGCCUCGUCGGCGUGGGAAGGGGAACUACUGCCCGCCGGGGAAGAAGUGCCUGCUCUGUGGGAACGACGACACUCCCAUGUGGCGCCGUGGCCCAAAAGGGGGCAGGACGCUGUGCAAUGCUUGUGGAAUCAAGUACAGGAAGGAGGAGGACAGGAAGAAUGGGAAGCAGAACAACAAUAAGCGGAAAUGAUUGACAAAUCAGCAAUGGAGGAUUGGAAGAUGGCUUUUGGGCGGGAUGGUUGAGAGAUCUUUGUUUUAAUUUUUGUUGAGUCAGGGGUAUUCUGAACUUUUGUUUUUGUUUGUUUAUCUGAGAUGAGCCCAUAGUUAAAUUAGCUUUAACAUUGGUGAUCAGAUCAUCAGACAGUCAGAUUUAAUUUGGUUUGUUUUGAGUCAUGAUCAAAUCCUGUUAGGGGGUUGGGAUAUAACAUUUGGAUUAACAUUUGUUUGAGGUUUUUGGAAAUUGAACUGGAUUUUUCCUUUAGCAGAUUGUGCAUGCCUUUGAUCUUAAUUUCUGGAGUUGGAGCUGAACCUUGAAUGCGUUUUUAAUCCGAUUAUGAUCCUCAUUUUGCCUGUCUUUUUUCUGUAAUUUGAUUGUGUAAGCCAAAUCGAGCAUUCGGUUUGAUUAUCGAUUCAGGGCUGGUUUACAUGAAUGCCCAUUGGAUUUUGAGAUCACUAACAGCAGGAACAGGAUUACUUGAUCUGUCUACUGUCAUCUACCCUUCACAUCAACAUUUUUGGUUGCAGUUCCUGUAUAGUUCUUAACUAGGAGAUACAGUCCAAGCCUAAGCAUGGAAGGAAGAUCUAGAAAUUAAAAUUUUGCAAGCAAGGGUAAUAAAGACAGAAAGGAGUAUAAUUAAGGGUAGAAAAGAGAAGAGAGACCAUGUGUAGUGUGUACAAUCUGUUUGAGAAGAUAGGCCUGAGUAUUCAUGUAUCAAACUAUCAAUAAGAAGAAAAGAAGUAUGAACUGAGCUUGGGGAUCUAGAUAAGCUUCUUCUUCAGGAAGUACCGCUUCAAGUACCACAACUGGAAUGCCGCAACUGCAAUGCACACGCUGAGUGCCAUAAUGCUGAACCAAGCCACUUUCCCAUUGGUCUGCUCACUCACUUCCCUCAUCUCUGCUUCCCUGUCAAUUUAAAGCCACAAUAACCUAUAUGAGGUUGGAGCAACAACAAAUGCUUUAGAUAUGUUAUGCGUCAAGCAUCUUGAUGUGGGCUAAGCCAUUUUUCCAUAUCCUUCGUCACACAUUCAGCUGAUUCUACUGCUACAAACCUAAGAAAGUGGAAUGCUUGUCCCUUUCAUUUACACUUGCACAUCAGUUUCAGGCACCUUAGGUGAAAAUUUCUGUCCAAAUUCAUUGCUAGCGUGGCAGAUCAAUUCUUAAUAAACAUGUGCUUAAUGGGUCGCAUAUCAAGUAGUUUGGAAAAGUGUGUUUUGCUUCUCAAACAUGCCCCAAAUAACAAAUGCAUCGUAGUAAACGAGAGGCUAAAAAGGAUUGAGAGACUAAGGGGCUAAACAUGAUUUCUAGUAUACAAGGUAGCAAGCUAUCAAGGAUGUGCUUACUAAACAUGUCACUAAUAACAGGAUUCUGAACAGAGGACUAAAGAUGGAUGAGUGCAUAUUACAGUGACAUGCUUGUAGAAACAACUUAGUACGGAGACUUAUUUGUCAAAACAACAUAGUACAAGGCUUAAUAAUGUCAUUAACCCAACAAUUUAUCAAUUGAUUUAAUGGUUUUGCAGACAACUUACGCUUUAGUAUGUCUAUAAACUUUGUCUUGCUGAAUUGGAGGCAACAAAGAUCACAGAACGAUAAUAUGACAACCAGUAUGUAGGAUAUACAAGAUAGUUAUCGGGCUAUAUACUUGGCUAUCUGAUAACACCUGAUUGAAGCAAAAUAGAUCAAUAAAAAGGGUGUACCUUUCUUUGAGAUAGAUCAGAUUUUGAUGGAUUGAUUCAACGGAUGCUUCUAGCCUCUUAAGGUCAAGCUCAACUCCCUACAACCAUAAAUGCAAGACAUCAAUCAACAGAUAAUAGAGAAACAAAAUAACACUCAGGUAGACGGGAUCUGCAUAGCAGAAUCUGCAGCAGUAAAGUAUUAAUAAUAAA